AUGGACAUGAUGACAAUGGCUAUGAAGAAGCUAGACCUGGGCGUGAUAGGCGACGAAAGGAACGACUCUUGGAAGGGCAUCGCAAUAAAAGCGGCGGCCCUUCAUGACUUUUUGACUCCAAAGAGCAGGUACUACUCCAUCAACGCAGAACUGGCUCACAUUCAGCUCAAGGUGACCGUCGUCUAUAUAUGCUUCUUCUCUACUCUUGCGAAUAACAGUUCCCCCUCUCCCUUAUUGCUGAUGCUGGCCAUAUCUGACAUGGAGGAAGAAGGAAGCAAGGGAUCCACCACACUGGGGGAGAUGAAUAGCUUCAAGGCUCUGGAUUGUAUCGGCCAAUUUGCGCUCGCCGCUAGCAAGUUGUAUUGCGAUGUGUAUCCCAAAUCCAAUGACUCGGGCACGCUGAGCCACAAAGAGGUGACAAUGUCAGGUUUCUGGCUGAGUGGGGACAAGUUCGUGACUUGUGCUCAUCUUCUGGACAUUCACGCCGACACGAAUGUGGACGAGACAGAGCGACGGCUGCGCAACCCAAGUCUGGCGACAGCACGUGUUUCGACGGCGAGAGUCUCACGCCGACGUGGGGAGAGGGAUGUGGGACCAGCGUACCAUGUCCACUUGUUGAAGGUUUGCAGAGCCUCAGACCUUGCUAUCUUUGUCUUGAACUCUGAAGCCGCCGGAAGCAAAUACACAUCUCGCCACCCGGUGCACUCCAUCGACCCUAGAUCGUUGGAACCCCUAUCGCCCGGUAACACAGCAAAUGUCCAAGAUACUUACGAGUUCAUGGGUCAAGAGGUCAGAAAUGACUACUCUCCAAAGUCCCUCCUAGGACCCCUACCUCAUUAUGAAGAGACGUUCAUAACGAGCACCCGAAGUGUUGCGUUCGGCCCAGUCAUGGCUAAGCAAGGGGCGAAUAUCUGUGGAUCAGUGUACGGAAGUGGCAAGCUGACCGAAGCGCGGGAAUGCAAUAUUGCUAGCUUCUUCGGCUGCAGUGGCGGGAUGGUGUGUAGGAUUGAGAAGAAUCGAGGUGCUUGGAGAGUUCGAGUUGUUGGCCUCUCUCACGGAGAAAGUCUGAACAACUCCACAUACAACAGUAUCCUCAGGAUCACUGUUGCCGGCGUCGAGGAACUCAAGGAGCCCGUUAUUGACCCGUUCCAGCUUGAAAAAGGCAUUUCCGGUCUCCACCUGUGGAGGUGGUUGGAUCCUGCCGUUGCGAUGCUCAUUGGGACAUGA